GUGGGUGAGUUACUCACCACCUACACCGAGAGCGAUACCUUCCUGUCUCGGGAUGGCGGUUUCACAUGGGAAGAAGUGCACAAGGACACGCACCUGUGGGAGUCCGGCGACUCAGGGUCUGUCAUCGUGAUCGUGAACGACGAGGAGCCGAUGGACCACGUCUUGUUUACCGCAGACGAAGGC